GGGGAGAUCUCCUCCCCACUGCUCUCAGUGGGGAGGAGAGCAGAGUAAUGAAGCCAGUUCAUUGGUGAUUUAUUAUAUCCCCAGCCCAGCCCUGAGAUAAUGACCUGAAAUCAACGAACACUGAAGCUGAAGGCUGACCAGGGGUAGCCCAGUCCUCCUCCUCAAUCGCCAAGCCCUGUGCUCUCUGGGGGCGGAAACCCUGUCAUUUCCCAAACAAGCCCUCGGCACUGAAAAGCCAGGUUAAGUCUCUCCCCUCCCAUCGAACGUCUCUGUGCUAAAUGAGCCUGGCGAUCGGACUCUCACUCAGCAGACGUGGUGACCCGGGCUCAUCAGGGCUCAUUAUAAACCCUUUCAGCGGCUCUCUGAUCUGGCAGCGUGUUCUUUCAAGGACGCGGGGGUGUGGCAGAGGGAACAGCCGCUGUACAAAACACAGGAUUUAUACUGCGGGAAGAAAACAAACCAUGUUGUGGUCAUGAAUAUAGCACAGGUGUGCUCCUCUGGAAAGAGCUGCCGAGGCCUCUUCAGUUAGUCACCUGUCAUUGGAAGUCAGCGGGCGUUUAUCUCUGGUGUUGGUAAAUCUCCCCUAUGAAGAAAGCUUAAUGGGCUCACAAUACACUUUCCGCUGGAAAUUGCAACUAGUGGGGAAGCUCUCUUUCACAGACGCAGUUUGGUAAUGGGCCAAUAUAAAAGGCAGCCUGACGCCAGCUGAGCUGCCAUUUUGCUCCACGCUGACAAGUCAGUUUUACUUUGCUCUUGAGUUUAACGUUUCCCCUUCCCCACAAGAUCAGGCCAUGAAAAUACAUUUGAAAAGCAAGCAGACACAAAGAGCUAUCUUCCUCAAUCCUAGUCUUUCGCAGGCUGCAGGCAUGCUCACAGCCCCUACCUAUACAGCAGGAACUCCACCGUGUCUUCUGCCACAGCAGAGCUCUACGCUGUGUAGAUCUCAGAGGAGGGAGACAUCACCUACUACACGUCACCUCUGUAACUGGCUCAGCGUACUGGGCCUUGUUACACAUGUUCACUUGUUCAGGACCCAGACACACCUGUGGGCAAGAGAACACUCUUCAACACCAAUAGCCUAAACUAAUACCCAAAAUGGCAAAGAACUGCCUGAAUCACCAAGAGAAACUGCACUUAAUCAAUGGGGUAGAUGGAUAGCUUUGUGUUGCCAUAGGAUAAAGCACAGAGGUGAACUUGCCAUUUCGGUCAAAAGACUUAUGGAAAAAAUUAAUUUGUGGCACAAAUUCCCAUCCCCUGAAAAAACAGGAUAGCCAUUUAAUGGUGUUUAUAACAGAGGUUCGGGAAAAGACUUUUAUCCUUAUUUCUCAUACUUGCAUUUACUAUGUAUAUAAGCCUCACAUCCAGGACUUCCUUCCGUGUUUCUCUCCCAUCCCCCCACCUCCUCAUCUACAACCUUGCAGCAGACUCCUUGGCUCAUUCCCCACAAUAGUGAGGGGGGGUUGGGCAGCCUAUCCAAAAGAUAGACUGCCAUUCUCUCAGCUAGUGGGCGAUGCCAGAUACUUUAUACACAUUUCGCCUCUCCAUUGCAUUCGUCAGGAUCUAACCAAACUACAGAAAUGUUGUUAACAGGAGAAAAGAUCGAGGGUUAUAGAGGGCAAACCACAGCCCAUAUUUCAUUUCAGGGGUAUACAUUAGUGACAAUGUGGUUAGCAAUUGGGAGUAAAAUGGGAAAGAAAGCUACAGUAUAUAGUAAUAACAACAAUAAAGGCUCUGAAAAUUACAUGAAAUGCCCUCUAGACAGGAAGACUGAUUGGCAGGAACUGAAGCUGGGUCAUGGACACCUCUUCCUUUUUUAGUCCCAGAAAAUAAUGAAAAUCAUUUACAAAUGAAGAAGUACAUUUAAGGAGACACAAAGUAAGGGAUACAGUACUGCAGCUCACCAGAGAGACAGACAGAAACACAAACGUGCCUGUUUGCUCCCGACUCCUGGUUUUCUGUUGUAGAGAAGAAUGGUGAGGAUCACAGCAACUGUCUGUCUGCCUGCUGAUCUACUAAUUAGGUGAACCUUUCCUCAUGUCUCUAGAGCUUGUUUCUUUACACAAAGCCAAAUGCGGAUUUUGAAACGGAGCCUGAGUAAAAGACACUCGUACUCCUGCGACCCGGAAGUUAAUCCAGAGCUUCCUGUGAAACAGGAGCUGCUCUCCUUGUAUUGUCAGGGCAGUGUGCAGCCUCAGAGGACUUGAACAGUGUCAUCGGGAUGCUUGUGGAAGAUCUUCUACAGCUAAAAUUACUUUAGCAAUCCUUCCAGCCAGUUGGAAAGCUGCAGCAGGAACACUUUCUACUUUAACAUGAAAUUGUGUGAAAGUAAUUGUUUAUGCUUGAGCUGUUGGCAUGUAUAAAUUCCUUAUAACCCUUUAUAACAGGCAUUAUAAAUGGUGAUCACGAUUUUCUCUGACUCUGCAAAACCAUUAAUACAAGUAAGACAUGUGAGAACAGACUGCUGGGCUCAUGCUCCCCCUGUGCCCAGUUGCUGUGCCACAGCCACCCUACUCUUCCUCUUUGUUGGCAAGGUGGAUCUUGGGUCUUGUACAGCUUUCAACUGAGCACUCAUUGACCAUAUGUCUCCACCAGCUGGCUGCAGCAAGAUCACAAAUAUUGUCUGCUUUUGACAGGACAGAGGAAUCCACAUCCGAUGAUGAAAAAAGAAGGAACUACGGAGGCGUGUAUGUGGGCCUGCCCGUUGACAUGACCGCCAUCGCCGGCAGCCAAUCCAAGUCCACACAGAAAGACUAGCAGACGUGAUACAAGGCAGGACACGGACUACAGUAGGCCUGCCGCAGCUCGUCGACGAUGUGAAAGAUUGCACCCUUCACUAAAAAAAAACAAAAACAAACAGAGUCUGCACCUGUUGUACCUGCCGCCACCAGUAAGGGGGAGCAAUAAGGAGGAAGACCCCACGCCCAAAGAUCUUCAACAGGCUGUGCAGCAUGGCAGAGACAUUCCAGAGCCAGAUCAACACGCCGACGUGAAGCCACGAUGCCUUGCAUUUUUAUACUCUUUUUGUCCGAAGACCUCGUCCAGGAAAACCCUUUCACUGAAUGACUAACAUCAGUGGCACCAAUAAGUGAAGCUGGAGGAAGGGCUAGCGGGUCCCGAUUCCCCAACAAACCCUGGGACCUCAGACCAGACGACAAGCAGAGAGCUUUGUACACCCCUGACCCUCCAGCUCAAAGACUCCAAGCAGUGAUUUGUAGAGUUAAAAUGGGGGUGGGGUGGGGUGGGGGGGGUCGAAUCUGGCUCUGCAAGUCCUCAUUGGUUGACCAGAGGAACGGUGAAGAGAGACAGUCAGGGGAGUCAGUGGUUAGACGAUCCGCCAGUGUCUAUCUGUAUAACCCCAGCCACAUGCUUGUAGUAAAAGGUCUGUCUGCUUUGGCUGCUCUCUCACUGCACAUGCAGACUCAGGGGUGCCUAAUCCUAAUCCCGGGGAGACAGUGUGUCUGCAGAUGUUUCGGGUCUUUCGGAAGCAGCACCUGAAGAGCUGGGAGAAGCUGUUCGAUCGGUCCCGUCACAGCCAGUGUUAGGCUGAUCGAGCCUGUGAAGAGAUAAGUUGGAACGACUUCUGCGCCACCCCUUCAGGAGCAGGGCUGGAGAUCCCUGGUGUGAAAGACAACUUUUCUUUACAGGCAAGCCUGAAAGAAGAUGAGGAAGACACUUAGCAUCGACUGCAUCACAGCUGUGUCUGUGUCCCACUCAGGGUUGUGCGUUGGGCUACUGGGAAGGAACGCUCCAAUGAGCAGCAGUCUGGCCUUGAUUCCAGGUCAGAAUCUGCUUCUAAAGUGGAUCAAUCCCAUUGCCUGCCCAAGCGAGACUUUCCAGAAUUGGCACAUUUUUAUAAUGAAAAUAAAAAAAAAGCUAUAAUA